CUUACUUUCAGUUUCUAUCCAGCAGCCGUCGUGUUCGGUUUGCGCAUGGUUGUGUUCUCACACCCCAAGAAAAGUGUUUGAUCGCGUUAGGAAAACCAUCGGGCCAAGCUGCUUCUGCGACCCAUUCGAGCGUGUAAUGGUAGUCCGAAAGAAAACUAAAACUUAAAAGACAAUUUAUUCGUACUUGUGAAUUGAAGCUCGGUGUGUUUAGAGAUUUUUGAUGUCGUUUAGUGAAUGUGGUUCCGCUGUUACGUGGUGCGCUGGAAGGGUUUUGUGAAAGGGUUUCGGUUAAUUCUAAACAAGGCUAAGAAGCAGAUUGUUUUUGUGGUGUGGUGUGUGAACGAUCGAGUGUUUGUAGAUCAAUAACAGUGGUAGCUAGCAGUGCUGCAUUGUGCUGCCCAAAACAGUAAACAGGUCAACCUUUUGCGGAUAAUUGCAGGGUAAAAGCAUUAAGUGACGGAUUUUUUUCCCUCUCUCUGUUCGAAUUCAUCCUUCCCAGCAGCCUUCAACCUGUUGUGCUUUAAGUGAAGACAGCAAGUAAAGUGGUAGUAAAACACAGGGUACCCCCCCAAAAAACAAUCACCCAAGCGCAGUGUUAUUUGCAAAAUCUUUGCGACCAGACAGGAUUGCGAAAAACAUUAUUGUGCCCGAAAGUUGCCGGUCAUCGUUUGUGGCCGGUCCGGUAACCAGGCAGCUGUGCCGUACCAUCCUAUCUCCCGAAGGAACAUAACAGCUGAAUUUCGCCCGUAUCUCUUAGCACAUGCAGAUGCAGCCAGUGUGUUAGGGACACACCACGACCACACACACACACACGAAAAAUGGAAGGUCGAGAUAAUAAUGGCUUCAUCGGGGACAAUAGUCCCUCCAUAGCGGGACAAUUCCGAUGGAACACUCCAACGCCGUCGAAUGGAGUUACGCCCGGUGUAGCGCUUACCGACGUAGAGCUGGCCGGAGGUAAAACCGUCCACAGAAUCGCUCCUCCAGAAGAUACUGCUCGCAGCGGAACCACGACUUCCAUCCCCGCCCAAACCGGUGCCGAACGAGACCAGUGGGGCAAAGGUGUGGAGUUCCUGAUGUCCUGUAUCGCCAUGUCGGUUGGACUGGGCAAUGUGUGGCGAUUUCCGUUCGUGGCCCUCGAGAAUGGUGGCGGUGCGUUCGUGAUACCGUACAUCAUAGUGCUGCUACUCGUCGGCAAACCGGUCUACUAUAUGGAAAUGAUCAUCGGCCAGUUCUCGAGCCGGGGAAGCGUUAAGGUGUACGAUAUGGCUCCGAUUAUGCGAGGUGUUGGCUAUGGGCAGCUGUUCUCGGUGACCACACUAAUAACGUAUUACUCUUCGCUCAUGGCACUAAUUGCACGGUAUAUGAUCGACUCGUUCAUGAAUCCUCUGCCCUGGGCCAGGUGUCACGAGGAAUGGCUCCCGAACUGUGUUGAUUCGCAGUCUAAAGCGGUACGAUCGGAAACGGGAUUAAGUAAUGGUAGCAGCACAGGCCCGUCGGUGGCCAGUAGUUCGGAGUUGUACUUUACUAAGGUUGUGUUGAAGGAGCUCGAUGGCAUUGACGAUGGAAUUGGACUACCCGAUCUCAGGCUGACCCUAUUCCUAGUCCUAUCCUGGUCGCUUGUGUUCCUGACCCUGAUCAAAGGUGUGAAAAGCUCCGGCAAAGCAUCCUACUUCCUGGCCCUCUUCCCGUACGUCGUCAUGACCGUCCUGCUGAUUCGUGCCUGUACACUGCCCGGCGCAGUGGACGGCAUCGUGUACUUCCUCAAACCACAGUGGGACAAAAUUUACGACCCCAAGGUGUGGUACGCCGCAGUUACGCAGUGCUUCUUCUCUCUAUCGAUCUGCUUCGGCAACAUCAUCAUGUACUCGUCGUACAACAAGUUCCGGCACAAUGUGUACCGCGAUGCGACGAUCGUUACGUCGAUCGAUACCUUUACCUCGCUGCUGGCUGGAUGUACCAUCUUUGGAAUUCUGGGCCAUUUGGCACACGUUACCGGGAAGACGGAUGUUGGUAAUGUUGUGAAGUCGGAUGCUGGUCUGGCGUUCAUUUCCUAUCCGGAGGCGAUCGCCAAGUUUGAGGUACUGCCGCAAGCGUUUUCGGUACUGUUCUUCCUGAUGCUGUUCGUGCUGGGGAUCGGUAGCAAUGUGGCGAUGACAUCGUGCGUUAUGACGGUGAUUAAGGAUCAGUUCCCGAGGGUGCGCAACUGGCAGGCGGCCACGAUCAUCGCUGUCUGUGGUGUGCUGCUCGGAAGCAUCUACGUUACGCCGGGCGGUCAGUACGUGCUGAAGCUGGUCGAUUACUACGGCGCGUCGUCGAUCGCUUUGGUGCUCGCGAUUGCCGAACUGAUUGCCAUCGGAUGGGUUUACGGUGUGGAUCGGCUGUGUAAGGACACCGAGUUCAUGCUGGGCCAUCGGCCCAACCUUUACUGGAGGCUUUGCUGGCGCUGGAUUACACCGCUGCUAAUGUUUGUGAUUCUUAUCUACAACCUUAUCACGCUGGAACCGCUGAUGUACAAGCAGUACGUUUAUCCGACGAUCGCAUACCAAAUUGGCUGGUGCAUUUUCACGUUCGGUCUGCUGCAGCUCCCCAUUUGGGCCGCCUAUGCCGUCUACAAGCAGAGUGGAAAAUCGCUCAACGAGAAAAUCAAGAACGCCUUCAAGCCUACACCUGCCUGGGGACCGCUCGAUCCUGCAACACACUACGAGUACAAAAAGUUCAUCGACGAGCACUAACCCGCCCGACGCAGUGAACAAACUAAAAACGGUCGCUAAGGAACACACACAGUAUUGUUAAUAAUUUUAAUCCAAUCAAGGAGCGCGAUCCGAUCGUUUCGUACAGUGCGAAACGCCACUGGUGUUAUUACUGCUAUGUGAUACGUAUUAUGUUUAGUGUUGGUUGUAAUUUAUUGUACACACAAGCGCGUUAGAAUAAAAUAAAAAGCCUAUCCGCCACCCGACCCGGGUACACCGACGACAAGGCCGUCGAGUGAUGUAAAAUGCCA